AUGUACAUAAGUUCGACGAAGCUGGCAACUUGCCCCUUAACAAGAAUCGUUAUUUUGGUGUUGUAUGUAACCACCCUUCAACCUACUUCCUCGCUUGCUACUUUAAAUGCAGACGGUGUUGAUAAGUACGUGAUAACGAGAAGAGGUAGAUAUGAUACCGACCUGUUCAUGGUUCUGUACAAAACUGGCUUCCAAUGCCCCUCAGAUGUUUGUGUCAACACCUCGGCUUUGGUAAACAAUACCACACCAUGUAGCUGUUCGUGUAAUAUCAACACUCAAACCUUCCUCCCGGAAUUAGGCAGUUGUGGUGAUACAGCUAGUAUAAAAAAAAUUCUGUUUGGAGGUAAGUGAAUUAAUUAACAUCGAAAGCUUUAAACAAGAGUUAUUUGAUCUUAUCAUGAUUACGAUUUUACUACUUAUUGAUAUUUCUUUGUUUUUAUAAAAUGAUCGCAUGAUCAAUCAAACAAUUUAAGGAGAGUUACGAACAGUGGUACCAUAAACAAAUUACUGUGAGUUUUGUCUGGUCGAGAAAUUAGUAAAAUUUCCGCACAGCCCCAUCCUACGUUAUGCAUUCAGUUCUUUGGACAGAGAAAACAAUGACAAAAACAAUACAUUGCCAUUGGGAAAACAGAUUUGUUUUACAAUAGUAUGGGGCUGUGCGAAAAUUUUAUCUUAUCUAACCCAAAUGUAGAACAAUAUUAUGGUAUGGCCAUUUACAUAGCAUUAUCCCAGCAAUAGUAUUUUGCCCUGUGUUUAUUUUCAAGGUUUUGUUUAGGAGGAUGCAGAGCUCUCAAGUUUAUAGGCUGGCAGAGAGUGGGAGUUUCAAUCACAUAGUUGUAAAUUGACACGCCACAGGCAUUGCAUGUGUGUGUGUAUGUGUGCAUGGGGGAUCUUAAAUAUGUGAGAAACAAUCAUUUCAGAGUGAGAGUGCAAGAUUGAAUUCCUAUGCAUGAGUCUCAUGCUCAAGAUGAUGUGAUUAUUGAGAGCUCAAUUUCUGGGGAUCUGGCCUAUAUAAGGGGGACUUAGCUGGUUAAUACUUCAGAAUAGAACAAGUGACUGAUUUUGUGGCCCUUCGCAAGUCUUAGAUAAGCACCCCCUUUCUUGUAAGCCCCUCUCUAAAAUGAGCCUCUUGUCUACUUCAAGGAAGCCACUCUCUAAAAUGAGCCUCUUGUCUUCUUCAAGGACUGCUGGAGAGUAAUAAGCCUAGCGAACUGUUCAUUAGAGUGUUUAUGGUAUGGGAACAAUAGAAGCAAUCCUUCUACCUGUGCACUUUACAUUUUAAAAGAGAUGGAAAAGUUUACUUGAAUGAGAGAAAUAGUGGUUAUUAAAUGAAUUCAUCACAGACACAAGAGGUAUCUUCAAGGACAUUGAGUGUGCAAUAAACAGUGCCAAAAAUGUACAGGUUUCUCGAAAUACUGUUUUGCCUCUAUGUUAAAUGACUUUCAUCAUUUGACAGAUCUGAAAUUCUAGUUGCCUGCAUGGAGACUCUCGCUUUUAUGGAAUUUAUACUUUAUGAAAGAGGCCGUUUACAACAUAUCAUUAAUAAUUUAUGGUUGACCAGUCUUGCCUGCCUUCUGCCUUCAGAUGACCACAUUUCCAUCCAAAAAAAAAAUCUCUCAGUCUGCUUUGGUGAUCACCUAGCUUGCUUGUUAAUUGUUACUGGUGAUAUAUAAAGUCUUGAUUAUGCUGAAUUAGUUUUGUUGCCUUUGGUUAUUUUGUAGAUUGCUCAGAAGCACUUGGUAUGGAAAGUAGGAAAAUCAAAAAUUCCCAACUAAAGUCCUCUCGUAGUUUUCCAGGUUUUAGUCCUCCUGAGGGAAGACUAAAUAAUGUUAAGGCCUGGUGUGCUAGAUUUUCUACUGCAGAAGUGUUUUUAGAGAUUGAUUUACUUGAGGUCAGGCAUGUCUCAGCCCUUGCAACUCAAGGAUUCAAAAGGAAAUUCUUCAACUAUGUUAAAACAUUUAAGAUAAAGUACAGUUAUGAUGGCAAAACAUGGUUUGAUUACCAAGAUGACAAUGGUGGAACAAAGGUAUGAAUUUUAAACUUUGGUAGUUUUCUUUUAGUGUCAAUAUUGAUGUUCUGGGAAAGAAUUUACCAUCACUACACAUCCAAUGAUGCAGUUGAGACAGAAAAUAUUAACCAUCAGGCCUAAUGGAAGGAAUCACUACUGCCCCCUCCCCCUUCCAUCCCACCUGUUUGUUUUUGUCUUUUGUCAUUAUCUUUGUGAUUCUGAAAAUAUUCAAAGCUGGCUGCUUUAUAUCAUUAGGUGUUGUGAUAUCUUUAUUUGAUAGAGACUGUUUUAAUUUUCUUGAAUUUAUGGAUUGAAAAUUCAUAACAACAUUUUUUCAUCCUCUGAAUGAUUUGACCUUUACAUGACUGUAUAUAUUAACCAAGCCUUUUGUCAAUAUUCUUUUGUUCUUAUGAAUUAAUGUUUCACUUAAUGUCCACUUUCAGGAAUUUACUGGAAAUAAUGACACAGACACCAUUAAGUACAAUUACUUCAGAGGGACAUUUGAAACAAGAUUCCUCAAAUUAUAUCCUAAAGACUAUAACACAAGAGCAAAUAAAUGUCUCAGAGUUGAGGUAUAUGGAUGUAAAGACAAUGCUGGUGAGUGAAUUAAUGUGUGAAUCAGUGUAUGUGUGCCGAAUAUGGCUGCCACAUUAAAUGCUCCUCGAAGAAUUUUAUUAUUAUUAAUUAAAAUAUGAACAGCUGAUUCAACCUUUGACUUUCUCUAAAUGAUGAUGCACUUUAAGACAAAAAUGCAAUGAAAUUUAGGAGUGGAAACUUUCAAAAGCAAAUAGUUCAUGUUAUAACUGGCUUCACAUAACCCCAUAUAAACUCUUUAAAAAACUCUGCAUAACAGUUGCUGGUGAUUAUUAUGCUAGAAUUCUUCAAAAUAAAUGGUUGAUGUGUUGUCAUUUCUUCUUUUUUUUUUCGCAGUUUGCUCUCGUUUCUUUGAGUGGCCCUUUUUUCUGAAAUCCCUUAACCUUGCAAAGGAAGGACAUUUGAAUAUAAAUUCUGCUGAUAGCUAUCAAAGCUGUCAAGUGGUUCCUGGAAGCGCAGCAUACUACAAAUAUCAACUUGGAAACAAGUGGAUGGCAAUAAACCAAGACAUCUUUAAAGUUGAAGAAGUACAAGGCAAACUAGUUUUUAAGGUUAUGUAUCCAGGGUUUAUAUCCACUAAGAGCCUAACCUUUCACAACUGCUUUUAUGCACAGGGCUCUGGAUAAAUUGAUUGAUUUUGUGUUCAUUAAUUAUUAAUUUCAUUAGUGGGCAGAUACCACAGACGAAAACAUUUUGGGAAGAAUUGUACAAAUAAAGGUCACUUGUAACUAUUCAGCAGUGGCAUCUAGACCACCUAAAACUGCUUGUCUGAUUUUCAAGACCUCAGGACAAAUAAUUUGUGAGUAUGUUUUCCUUGAAAUUUAUAAGAAUUGAUACAUGUAGCUUUUUAACCUGAGAUAUGUCAAGAGUUUGGAAGCAGUAGAGUAACUAUCUUCUAAAAUUUAUAAUUCUUGGUGUUUGUGGCAGCUCAUUAUACAUGUAACCCUAAGGGUUGUUAAUCCUCAUGUUCCAAUGAUUAUUUGAUAAGGUUCUAUAACUAUGUUAUGUGCACCUUCAUAUUGCUUGUAUAGCCCUACAUAAAAUACUAAUUUUUGUAAUGUAUGAGGCAUUUUUAGUGUACUUGACACUGUUCCUUUGCUGAAGGUUGGUUUAUUGCAGUGCUAUCCCUGCAUAUUACUUUGGGUUUACUUACCAUCGGCCAGUACCUAUUUAUACUCCUGUGAUGAGAAAGAGGCUUGAUCUGAUUGUUAAUUCUCCCCUUUGGCUGCUACACAUUCCACACAUAAAUUAGUAACAAUAAUUUGGAGUUAGAUCAAGGGAAAGACUUGUACCUGAUAAGGUUGAGUAUUCUAAUCACCUGUUUGCUACAUAAUGUAUGGAUAUUUCAGGGAGAAGUUGCAUGUUAGUCACUUCUGGGAGUUAAUGGGUUAAGUGUCUUGCCCCAGAGUGCUACCUGUAUAUCUCUGGCCAGCUGGGCCCAAGCCCAGGCCUUUUUGGUUACCAUGUCUGACGGCAAAUAGGCCGUUGCAAGUUAUUCUUCAGCCCAAUAUCUUGCUUAAUUACUUGUGGGGGCUGGGUAACAUGAAAUGGAUUAGCAUCUUAUUCAGUGAGGGGGAUUACCUUUGCUCUGUGUACAGUAACAAAUAUGGGAAAACAAAAGUUAAGAAUUUUUUUUUACCAUUGUUAACAUGUAUCUCUUACUUUUCAGUGGAUCUAAGCACUACGGCAAAGACAACACCAUAUAUUCCUUUAGUGACCACAGCGACUUCCGAGGUUUGUGCUGGAUGUAGUCUUCAUUAUCAAAAGAAUGUUGAAUGUUCUGUCCUGUUUGUUCUUUUGAGGAGGUUGAUGAACUUCUUGUAGGUGAAAAUAGAAAUGUUUUUCGGUUUACAAAAGAGGACAGUUCCUCUAGUGCGAAGAGAAAUAUAAAUAUAACUGGUGAAGAGUUACCUCGCCCGCAAGCGGGUUCUUAUGACAAACGCUGUUGAACGCGCGUUUUUCAGCCCGCGGGAAGAUUUAAGACGAGUCAGGGAGAAGUUAGCCGGGGGUAUGGCACAAGUAAUUACAGUGCUAGACUCCUUACAGACGUCUCGCUGGCUCGCGAUGCUUAAGGGCGUGUGUUUUCCAGCGGGCGAAGGAAUGCUAAAAGCUAAAAGUAGUUGCCAUAAAUAUUUGAAACUAAAACAAGCGCAGGAUUUAUGUCUGUCAAGAGCCUUCUUUAGCGGCUCCUAUUUGGAGUGCCUCAUAAUUGGAGUUACUAUUUGUGUUUAUGUGGUGGUUGGUUUUUUAAUUGUCGUAAUUAAUAUAUCCAAUUGUGACAGCAAUGGGGUAAAAACUUCAAAUAUAGUCUUAACAAUCCUCAUUGAAAAGGGUACCUUUAGUAAAAUGAGUGCACAGUUACUGUAACUGUCCAAAAAUUGUCGGCAACACAAAGAAAUACCAAAUACCUAUCCUUGGUUUGUCUCAUUUAGUUAAAAAAGAAGUGUAGGUAGAAGCCAAUUUUCAAGUCGGUCAGGUCGCUCGAAGCAUUUCAGUUAUAAUUAUAACUAAUAAUAACUAAAUAGUUAUAAGGUAAGGCUUAUGCGGUUCAUCAAUUUAGUAAACCAACAACAAUUAACAACUACUCACCGAAGUGAAGGUGACUAGUGACUAGUGGUGGAUAUUUACAUAUCCACCACUCGUCACCGACUCUGAGGUGAAUAGUUGUUAUAGUAUGUUCUAAAUCGGAGACAUAAUGUAGUCGCAAAAAAAUAUGAUUUGAACUAAUUUAUUCCUGCAACAGUUACAAUAUAUUCGGGAAAAAAUCCUGCGUGCAUUACUCAGAGGUGAAUAGCAAAGGAUGUACAUACGUUGUGUAGCCAAUCAGAGUGUGCUUUCAACGCUACCCAAUGUUUUAGUAUACUGCUAACAGAUGUUAGUAUAUACCACUCAAGUGAAUACUGCAUUUCGCGCCCUCUGAUUGGGUAGUUAGGAAGUCAAUUGGAAGUAGUAUUUACUUCUGAGCAGCAGAAGAGAUAAAUUUAAUUUGCGACCAUUUUUCGGUAUAUUGAAAGAAAUAAACUAGUUUUUCGUAUCUCUUUGGUGUAUACUACACAAUUGUUCACCUCAACUUUGGUGAAUAAUUGUUUAACAUUCCAUGCAGAUGUAUUUAGUGACAGAACCUGUUGAAGGCACAGAUGAAAAAGACACAAGUACGAAUGGAAGCAGCAAUGGAUCUGGAGUUUUGAUUGGUGUUGCUGUGGCAUGUGCAGUUGUGUUUGCAAUUAUCCUUAUUCUCCUCGUUGUAUUUUGCAAGAGGAGAAAAUUGUAAGUUCCAUCAACUACAUGUGCGAGUACAACCUAUCUCAGAUUAAAUGGCUCGCAGAUGGAGUAGUUACAAAAAGUGGGUUCUGAUACAUUUUGAAAUCAAUUUUGAUUUCAACUCAACUCAUGAAUUUAAGAUUGAUUUCAAGUCAACCUUAAAAUCAACCUUGAUUUCAAAACACAGUUCUUGCACAUUUUGAAAUUAUGCAAACUUUAUUUUAAAGGCAACUUGAAUUAUUCGUAGGUGAAUAAUUUUGACAUCCUCUUCACAAUGUCUCGCUCUUGAGUUAUGUAGAGGGUUUGAAUAUUAUCAUCUUUAAUGAUCCUCUUGUCACGCUUAUAGAUUGUCUGAAAAGCCUUUGAGACCUCAGAAGAAUCUUUUGAGGUGAGAGGUUCACCAGCCUUGAGUUUGCUUGUAACAUCAACUGUUUAUGCAUACUUGUAGACUUUCCGCGACCUUUCGGUCGCUUUGUCAUAAGGAAGGAAAAGAAGAUCAGCUUGAUGAACUGUAUUUGGAGAUUCAACAUCAAAAGUUGGUUUCGGGAUGAAUCAGUCAAUUGAGGCAUUUGUUUAUUGCAUUUUUGGUGCACAAGUCAAUGUCAGAUCAUUAAUCUUGGGUUCAUCAUCAACGUGAGUUCCUUGUACUAGUCAUAGAUGCAAUCAGGAAGCCAGACAUUUCGAAGAGCGUUCAAAGUUUUUAGCUUACGAUUGGAGAGGCAAAAGUCCGGCUUGAUCCUGCACUAUAACCAGGCACUUAGCUUAUGCCCUUAAAUAUUCUUCUGAACACUCAGAGUGCUGCUGGGUAUGAUAACAGCCUGAAGAAGGCAUGUUCUGGCAUGAGGCUGGGAGUUAACAAGUCAGUGAAUUUGGAGAUGAAAUCAUUUAGAGUAAGGCACAUGAAUUGGGGCUCAUGAAAAAUCAGCAAACCGACCUCUCAUCCGUCAAAUAAGAUUGAUGAAAAGCGAAGCUCUUUGAUCCAGGAGCCGUUUCGUAACCCAAGCAGGAGCAACAGCGAGACGAAUCAUUAUUAAAGUCGGUUUGAUUUCAGCUGGACUGGCCUCGGCCUUCUUGAUUCAUCGAUUCUUCUUCUGAAAGCGUUCAACCAUGAAUAUCACGACUCCCACUAUCAGAAGCCAUGCAUUUUGACCAAGGUAGCUGAUCACUUAUCCAGCAGUCUUGGAAAUGAAGCUGACUAUUGAACGAAUGAGACCUGGGAGAAUUCCCGCGAUCUUACUUCCAAGAGUCCUAAAAUAAUUUUUAACUCCUUUGACCAUAGAUUUCAGGCCUCUUGUUAAUGCGCUCACAAUCAGUCCAAUCGUUGUUUCGACUGCGAGUACAACAACUGAGACCGUCAAGCCAUACCUCUAGAACAUGUUUCUCACUCUCUCUUGUUGAAGUGCCUUCUUCAAGUUCUUCUCUCUCAUUCUCAAUUCUCUGUUAUCCUUUCUCUUUCUCCUUCUCUUGUUGCUCGAUCUUCGUUCUCAUCAUUGGCAAUCCCCAGAUCGUCCUGAAUAGACUUCUGUUUCUCUUUAAUUUCGUCAUCCUUCUGAGCAAUCAAAACCUCUCGCUCUGGGCAAAGUAAGGUUUUGAUUUGUUUAGGUAGUGAUGGAUUCAUUCUUUGCUCUUUGGUACCCCUUUCUUUAAAACACAAGGGAUGUCUCUUCUUGCCCUAACCAAACAUCUUUACCUGCAACCUUCCAGCUUUACUGUAAGAGACCUCAAGUUCCAAAGCUUUUGCCUCAGGAUAAAUUAUGUUAAUAAUUCCAUUGGAUCGUGAGAUUCUGAAGGAUCAUGGAGUCUUCUUCCCAAGAGCUCUUUCUGAUGAGCUUAUUUUCGAGCUCAGGGUUGCACCUGUCGGCAGUGUUGUAAUAGAAUUCGAACUAGAAAAUCUUGCUUAAGAAUUAAAUUAUAUCCAGCUUGGGUAUGAAGUUAUAUACAGUCAAGACCUUGCUGAUGAGGGCUUGUCUAACUACAAAAAUGGAAAGAGAAGAGGAAAGAGAAGACAUUUAAUCCUAACAUCACCGAGGUGAAGGUGAUUGUCAGUGGAAUCCCAAAUAAAAAUUACAGUCAAGGAAUGAAGAUAGGAGAUAUGUGGGAAGAAGUCUUCAGAAGAUUUGGUAAGGAAAACAGCGCGAUGAAUGCAAUAGACUCUUAUACCGGAAACAGAUUCAAUCCAUUCAUCGAUCUCAGAAGCAUGAAUGACAAUGAUCGUCAUGGAAGUGGAUUGAGAUUUGUGAAUACGAAAGAAGGAGUUCAGCUCGCAAUUGACAGGUAAGUAUCAGGCUCAGGGAAUGUUAAAUGUCAAAUCCUCAUCUUCUCAGGUGCUCAACUCAAAAUCAUGAACCGUGAGCUUGAAAGCGUGACUUAUUAAUGACAUUACUUCUCAUUUACAAAGACACAAUUUUGACUGAAGAACAAUUCAAGGCACAUCACGACUUCUUUGCGAGAAGAUACAACAUUGAUAUUUGAAAAUCUUCACCCAAGCAAUCAACACCCUUUCAACGAUGCUGAUGGCGCGAUAAGAGGAUCAUUCAAGAUGAUAAUGUUCACACCCUCUUCAGAACUCAAGAGUGAGACAUUGUGAACAGAAUGUGAAAAUUAUUCACCUGUGAACAAUUAAAGUUGCCUUUAAAAUCAAAGCUGAUUUCAAAAUGUGCAAGAACUGUUUUUUGAAAUCAAGAUUGAUUUCAAGGUUGACUUGAAAUCAAGGUUGAUUUUAAAACGUGCCAGAACCCACAUAACUACUGAUGGUGCUGAUAAUUAAUGAUAAUGAAUCUAAUAGUGAUUGUGCCAUAACAUCAGUAUUCAUAUACUCCAUACCUUCUUUAUACAUUUCCUUUGGUACUGACAAGGAGAAUUCAUUUAACAAUCAAAGCUUCUCAGGGUGGCGAUCAUUCCUUUUGUUCUCAUGAUCGUAAUGAAUGAUCCAGCAAUAUUACUGUAAGGAAAAAUAAGAUGCUGACACUCAGGGUUUUGAUUGGUUAAAAGGAUCUUGCAUGAAGUGCAACAAUUGUCUCAUUGAUUUACAAAUAACUGUUCAUCUUAUCAGGAGUCGAAGGAAACGAAAAAAGCACACGGCAAGGCUUCAUGUUGGUAAGUAAUAUUACUUUCUCUUGCAUGUCCAUUUCGUUCGUCUCCCUUAAACAUGCAUAUGUUUGAUAUGAUCUAUUCUGACUUAUUUUUUGAUUGUAUUAGGUAAUGCACUCUCUAACCAAGAGGAGGAGAAUAUAAUCCCCUUUCUCCCAUCUGAAGGCCGGCGAGCUGUUGAUGAAGCAGUUUAUACAGAAAUAGGAAGUCCGUUGUGCGAGGAAUAUACACUCUUGAAACCUGCACCUGAUAGAUGUCGCUCAGAGUAUCAAAGUCUGAUCAAGCCUAACGAAGGUAUGUUAUGUGGUGCACACUAACCCUAUUAAAGGGAUCAGCACCACUUGAUACGGUAUAUCUUUGUCUGUUAAUUAUUUAUUUUUAAAAGUCCCAAGGCUUGCCCUUCUUCACUUUGUCAGACUUUUAUUUUAUGAGAAUUUCCCCUUUUCAUGCUGCAAGCAAAGAGAGACAACUUCAAUCUGUAGAUGAUUAUAUUAUUAUUUAUGUCAAGUCUGUUGGGAGAAAUUGUCGUACGACUAUUUCAUGACACCCAUACGUAGAUUAAUUAUAUCUCUCAGUUAAUGCGUGUGCUAUGAUUGCUAUGAUUGGUUAAGUUUGGGGGUCGUUUAUCACUGUGGAGCCCGCUAAAUUUAAAGUUUCUUUACUUUGAAUCUGUCCCCUCUAAUUGAACCGAGAGAUAUAAUGAAUAUCUUACAAACCUUUUUUUUUCCGGUCUGUGAUGUACCUUUUCCUUUUUGCUUUGUGCCUGAGCCGCAAAUGCGAGUGGAAAAAGUUGGUCCAUAUCUUACUUUGCCAACUCAGUCAGUUAGAGGUAUAACUUAAAUCUUAUCUAUCAUUGCCUCUUCUCGCGCUUCUUCUUUUCAGAUUAUUCUGGUUACUUAAUUCCACUGGAAGAAACAGUAUCUACCGAUUGUCACCCAGAUGGAGCUAUUCUCAGCGAACUCCAAAGUCCAAAGCCGCCUCAGUAUAAGCAUAAAGAUAAAAUCUAUGAUUAUGCUAAACCAGAAGGAAUCAUUAUGUUAACAGCCAGUCGCUCAAGUUUAGACAGUCUUGACUCCCAUAGACAAGCUGAUGUUCCUUCGUCGCCGAAAAAUACAACCUUCCAAGGAUCUAAUUCUCCUAGAUCACCAGGGGCCUCUUCAAAGGAGCCCUCGCAUGACAAGGAGGGUGAUGACUCAUUACAAGCAGAUGAUUAUAUCGAAGUUCUCCCAAAUUUAGUGAUUGGAUCAUAAUAGUUGACAGGGUUAAGGAUGGUCUCAGUUCCCACGUUCCCACAUUCUGUCUUGCCCAUCUCCCAUCCUCCAUUCCUGUAACGCCAUCACUGCUGGUCAAUUAUGAACAAAAUAACGUGCAUUGUUUUGCAUUUCUCUCUCAUUUAUGUACAUCAUAUGAAACAUUAUAGCGGAGCUCGCAGAGCGUAGCCCCAUAAUUAUAAAAAAUAAUAGUGACCCAUCAAGCCGAAAAAUUUUGGAUGUACGACCGUACGACUGACCGUACAAGGUGCUUCUUUUAGCAUGCGCGGCCACCUGUACUACGGGCACUAUCUUCUAAUCAGUCCUCUACACGGACACGGAGAAGUUGCGAAUGAAAAUCCAUUAAUAUUACCACGCACUUUAUCCGUAGUAGGGGCUUUAGUUUUGUUGAAGAGAAGUGCGGGAAAAAAAUGCGAGCUACGCUUUUAGGCUUGCCUAAAUCUAUAUAUUAUUUCUCGCUCCCAGUCUUCUCUUCUUGUCUCCUGUUUCCCUCACUUCUGCGUCUCUCCACCGUGGGAUUCUUAACCCUUUAAAUCCCAAGAUCUGAUCGUUCAUUCUCCCCUCAUUAGAAAUUCUUUCUUGGUCACUCUCGGGAGUUAAAGGGUUAACUUUCACGUGUUUUUUUCAAUUUGGAAAAGACUCAAGAUCUCAGAUCCAGCUUAGUUCUGUUGUGUACUUAGCUCACUUGAGGAGAAGGAUUCCCAAACAACCAUUCAAUUUUUAUUUCCGGUAAUAAAAGGUUAGUAAAGACAUUUACAGCAUACCGCAUUUUGAGAUUCCAAAGAGGGACGUAACGUCAAGAAACUUAGUUCAAAAGGUGCUUAAAACUCCAAUUUGACCGUUGCCAUUUUGAAAAUAACUAAAAGAGGCUAUCUUUGGAAUAUCAAAACACUUUCAGUUUCGUAAUCUUCUAUAGGCUUUUUACUGACCUAGGUGAAAGCUUAAAGGUUUCAUGAGAUGACCGGUUUUCCAAACGUUGCGAAGCCCCUAGAGGCCCGUGAUGAAAAAUUCCUGAAAAGAAUUCAGAUACGCAGACUGCAACGCAGGCAAUCCCUUUGGAGACAUUCCCACGAGAGGCUCCUCUCCAGACUUCAUGCGGCCAAAGACGCUAGAGAGAGGGCCUCGGAACUAGGCUGUAGCUGCUCGAGAAAUUAGGGAAUCAGUUUAUUUCUGAUCACUCGGGUCUUGAAUUUUUCGGGUGGAUGACUAAAAACGCUAGAACUGAGCCCAUUUUCAAAGAAGGCCAUGUUUUACAAAUUCAGCUAUUU